AUGAGAAUUGACUUGAAUCAAUAUGAUUAUUUUACUAAUAAUCUUCUACUAGUAAGAGAUGAUACUUCAACUGAUUCAGAUGGGUGUGUUGAGUGUCCUUCUUCAUCUUCAGAUACUUGUCCAACUUGUCCCAAGGGUCAGCAAUGCGUUCAACAAACUAGAACUUGUCAAGAAUGUGCAAAAUUUGUAUGUGUUGAAGCUACUUCAUCUCGUGGUAAAACUACUCCAAUAGGUGGUAUAGUAGGUGGUGUUAUUGGUGGAUUAGCAUUUAUUGCCGUAAUAGCAGCUACGUUAUAUUAUUUUUUAAUUUAUCGUAAAAGACAUCCGGUUAUGUUAUAUGAUGAUGAUGAUGAAUAUUUAGAAGAUGGUGAUGAUUCUAGUGAUUUUGCUUUAACUAGAAUGGAAACAAUUAAAGAGAGUAAAGAUUUAAAUGAGUCAUUUGAAGAUAAUAAUGUUCAAAAUGGAAAUACAUUAAUUAACGAUAAUGACGAAAAUAACAAUAAUAUCAAUGGCAAUGUAACACAUAAUAAUUCAAGUGGUGAAACUUUACAUAAUAUAAAUGGAGCAGCUCCUGUUGAACGACCAGUUGCUAGAAGACAAGGUACAAAUCAAAAUAUUCAAAAAAAGCGUAUGAAAAGAGUAUCUUCAUAUGAAUCAUUCACAAGACCAAAUACAGGUAAAAUAAGAAAUAAACAACAACUAUUACAGGCUCAACAAAGAAGAGCAAGACAGCAGAAUAUCGUAAAACAAGCAAACAAACAACAAAGUCUUCAACUGCAACAAAAAGUACAAAUGAAUCCUCAACAACAACAAAUUUAUAUGAAUCCUUCAAACAGAAACUCAGUAGCGACUUCAUUUUCAAAUGCUUCUAAUAUUUUGCCAAUUGCUUAUAUACCUGGUGUGACCGUUCGACCUACAAAAGAUAAUACAAGAUCGUUAUAUUCAUAUGAUAGUGAAUCAUUAUUUUCAGAUUUGAAUACAAUUGAGAAUGCAUCGAUUAUUGGAGAUGUAGUAUGGGCAAAUCAAAACAGUGCAAAUCCAGAACUACUUAACCAACAACAACAACAACAACAACAACAACAACAACAACAACAACAACAAAAUCAACAAUCACAGCAAAAUCAACCGGUACAACAAGAUAAUAAUAAACAAGCAACAAUGACAGCCAUCAAGGCACAACCAAAAUUAGUCAACGUAGAUAGGAUAGAAGAAGAAGAAGAGGAAGCAAGUGAUGAUGAUGAUAUAAUCAUUGAAGAAAGCGAGGAAGAAGAAGAAGAAGAAGAAGAAGAAGAAGAUGGGGACUCUGAUGUUGAUUCUGAUGUAGAUUCAGACAUUGGACAAAUAACAAGAGCUACUUCAGUUAAAGUUAAGAAAACUGUAAAUCAUAAUGAUGGUACAAAUAGUCGUGAAGUAUUAAUGGAUGUUAAACCGACUGUUAAUACUAAUUCUAGCACGAUCGAUAAUGAGCUGGGAUCAAUUUUAUUAGAUGUUCAAUUCGAUCACAGUCCAUUAACUACACCUACUAAAUUUGAAUUUGAUAAUUCCAAUGAUAGAAAUAGUCCAUUUAAAGAUCCAAUGAAUCAAUGA